GCAGAAUAAAGUCGACGCCCGCAGGUUAAGGGUUCGAAUUCUUCUCCAGAAGUAUCCAUUCUUCUCUUCGUCCGUCCCAAAGAUUCAAAGUCUCUUGCCUUUCCCGUUUAUCGGCAAAAUCGGCGUUCACUAGCUCCAAUUCGAGCUCCCUGUCUCCGGCUGAGUCUUGCGGGGAUGGACGUGGUGGCGAAGCUGAAGCGGGGGGUCUCGCGGCAGCUCUCGCUGGGGUCGCUGUCGAAGAGCAGGUUCAGCCUCCGGCGGCAGGCCUCGCUCGACCCGAGGCUCGGUAGCGCCAGCCGGUUCACCUUCGGGCGGCAGUCGUCGCUCGAUCCCAACCGGCGGAGCCCCGUGAGGGGGGAGCUCGGUUUGCCGGAGAAUCUGGACGCCACCAUGCGGCUUAUGUUCAUGGCGUGCCAGGGGGACGCCCCAGGGGUCGAGGACCUCCUCAAGGAUGGGUUAGACGUGAACAGCAUCGAUCUCGACGGGAGGACGGCGUUGCACAUCGCCGCGUGUGAAGGGCAUGUGGAUGUCGUCAGGCUGUUGCUCAGCUGGCGAGCCAACAUUGAUGCUAGAGAUCGGUGGGGAAGCACGGCUUCUGCGGAUGCUAAGUACUAUGGGAACGAUGAGGUCUACGGUCUCUUGAAGGCCAGAGGAGCCAAAACCCCGAAAACUAGAAAAACUCCAAUGACAGUUUAUAAUCCCCAAGAAGUUCCUGAGUAUGAGCUGAACCCAGCAGAACUUCACUUCCGGCGAGGUGAUGAACUCCAAAAGGGCACAUGUCAAGUAGCUAAGUGGAAUGGAACAAAGGUUUCUGUGAAGAUGCUUGAUCAGGAUGCCUAUUCAGAUCCAGUUGCCAUAAAUUCUUUCAAGAAUGAGCUCACUUUGAUGCAGAAGACUCGACAUCCUAAUGUGGUCCAGUUUAUUGGAGCCGUUACACAGAAUUUACCCAUGAUGAUCGUUUCUGAGCAUCUUCCAAAAGGUGACCUGGGGAGCUAUCUUAAAAAUAAAGGACGCCUACGGAUGAAUAAAGCUCUUCGAUUUGCCCUGGACAUCGCCAGGGGCAUAAAUUAUCUUCAUGAGUGCAAACCAGACCCAAUAAUCCAUUGUCACUUAAGACCAAAAAAUGUUUUGCUAGAUGAUGGUGGUCAGUUGAAGGUGGCAGGCUUUGGCUCGAUUAAGAUGUUGAAAAUAUCUCCUGACAGAUACAAGCUAGUGAAUCCCAUGGCUGAUACUAACAGUUCAUAUAUUGCACCAGAGUUGUACAAGAAUGAAAUAUUUGAUAAAAGUGUUGAUUCAUUCUCUUUCGGUCUUAUCCUUUAUGAGAUGAUCGAAGGAAUUCCAGCUUUCCACAUCCACACCAAGGCUCCUGAAGAAUUCGCUAAAAUGAUUUGUUUGGAAGGGAGCAGUCAAAUAUAAAAGACUAGAUCUAAGAAUUAUCCUGCUGAUUUAAAUGGGUAAGCUUUUCAUCCUAAUUUAUAGACUUCUGCUAGUCCCGGUUGGGGGUUACACAUGUUUUUGAUGGCAACAUUAUUAUGAGUAAAUAUUAUGCAAAAUGAUACAUGCUUGAGUAGAAUUAAAUCAAGAAUUGAUAUAAACAGAUUUACAGAUAGUUCUUUGUUUUCAAUUGUAUAAAAUUUGUAAGGCCAGCAUCCCAGAUUCUUUAGCCGAGUCCCUUGCCAAAGUACAUUUAGAGAAUAUGCAGAGCACCUUACAUGAUAGCGUUACUAAUCAUAAGAUCUUAUUGCUACUCUGUUUCAUAUCUACACUUCGAAGUAAGCUCUGUUUAUGUGGUGUGAUCUAAGGUUAUUUGCAAAGUGUAAUUAGCAAGAUUCUGAACGAAUUUGGCUGUAAUUUUUUGUUUGAUUCAUACUGCCUUGAUCAUGGAUUCAGUAGGAAGUAUUUUAAUAUGCUGAAAGAGAUAGUGGGAUCUGUCAAAAUUAGUAAAUUUGGCAAUGGCUUUUAUAAUAGGUGUGCUUGAGUUGUACAAGUAUAGUUUUUUUUUGGGGGGGUAAGAAAGAAACACAAGAUUGAUGUUAAGUUUUUCCAGCUGCUACUUGUCUUAAUUACUUAAAUUGAGUUUUUUUAGUUACUUAAGUAGACUUAAUUGUGAUAACCAUUCACAUGAGUGCAUUUUGUCUUUCCCAAAAUGUGGAUAAACAAAUUUCAUCAGGAUCCCUUGAUAAUUUUAAUCAGCAGUUUGAACUCUUAAAUCUUGUUUCAGUUGCUUGAUUUUUGCUGUCAAAAACUCUUUGUUUUGCCAUGGUGUUGGCACUAAUAGUUCCAUUGUAAAUUAUCCAUGCUAUUUCUGUAGUAAUGAUAAAUUCUUGUUAUUUGUUUGAAAGAAAGAUAAUGACCCUCUAUGGUUGAUCAAUUAUUUGAUUCAUCUUUGGAGGUUUAGAUAAGUCUUCUAAAUAUUUGACUCAAGUCCCUAACUCUGAUUGUAAAUUUCAUAGUCACUGUUUGUGUUAAACUUUUCAUAGAUUGCGACAAUAAUAUGGAGUUCAAUUCAUUUCUAUUAACUAUUCCCGGUGUGUUUUGCACCCUAUUCUGGUCAACUUUAUCAUGGAACACCAUUAGUUGCAUAUCUAUUUAAACAAGGUGCCUUUGUUUGACUUUGAAUCCUAUAGUCAUUGAGGAGGCUGUGAGACAAGAUCAUUUUGUUAUGGCUAGAUCAGAUGGAGCAUCCUGGGUUUCUGUUUCCCUGGUUUCUAAUGUUCUGCCUUAUGUUAUGUUCAUGUCAUUUCUUUCCUUUCAUUGUCCAAACAUGAAAGUCUUUUUCUGUUAGAUUCUGGAGACAUUUCUAAUGAAGAGGUUGAUUAGACAUAGUGGUGAACCAAAAUGUUUGACCCAAUCAAUCAUAAUGCUGGAAAUGUUGCUUGUGCGAAAUCUGUGGGAUCCCUGUGAUUUUUACACUUCCAAGUUCUUACUAAGAUAAAAUAGUUGUGUUCAAGAUCAGUUCCUCCAGGUAAAGAACAGCAACUCUUUGUCAUUCAUUACAAGCCAGAUUAGAUUGCAAGUUGUAAUAUGCAUACCGAAUAAUAAUCAUCUGAUACAAAUCAAAGCAGUUGUUUGAGAUACCUUUGGAAGAGAUCGUGGCUUGAAUUUUCUAGCUUCCAUCUUCUUGUUCGGAAGGUUAAUAAAAAGAGAUCUCUGUUGCCUGCAUGAUGAGAAUCUAAACAACUGGCAAAGGUCGUCGAAAGAUUCAAUAAGAUUGAAGCAGAAGCACAGGGUUUCAUGUGCUGAAGCACAAAGAUUUGACCAGGUUGCUACUGAGUUCCUUCGAAAUAUAUUUUAUGCAUUUCGUGCAUGUUAAUUUUCCUAGUGUUGGCUAAAAUCAUCUUUACAAAAAUCUGCUUUAUAUUAUGGUCAAUCAAGGGACAA